AUGGAUGCAUGCUCCACAGGCUCCAACGAACCACACCCUGUCGGCAAAGUGGUCUACGUCCAAUCGAAUGAGCAUCAGAACUCUAUUAUAUCUAUUGCUAUAGAUCAUGACGGCAUGCUCUACGGCGGCACUGUUACCCCUAUGGGCGGCAUGGGAGGUGACAGUAUCGAUGGCAUGACCAACACACCUGCUGGUCCGGAUGCGCUCUCAUCCCAAGGCUCGGUGAUAGUAGAGGACAAUUACCUUUUCGCUGUUAACGCCGGAUCAAAUACUGUGAGCAUGUUCAAAAUCGACGACGCCAAUGCAGCAAAUCUGUUAAUGGUCGGAAAACCGUCCGCUGUUCCCGGCGAAUUCCCCGUCACUGUUGCAGCUUCAGUGAUGCGCAACUUAGUAUGUGUGGGAUAUACCGGAGCAAAGGCGGGUGUCUCUUGCGCUCCAUUUACGCGCGAGGGACUCGGCCCGAUGAAGCAGGUGCUUGAUUUUGAUCUCGGCCAGACCACCCCUCCUAAAGGCCCCACGAAUACCGUCGCUCAAGUAUUCUUCACUGCAAAUGAUACUCGUCUUAUUACCACGGUCAAGGGGGAUCCGACUGCCAAUAACACGGGUUUCAUCUCUGUUCUGCCAUUCAAAGAUUCGUGCUCAUCUACUUUCGAAAGUCGUGAUGUACGAACCUCGCCACCCGGGACUGCUGUGCUUUUUGGUGGUGUUAAUAUUCCCGACACUUCGGAUCUAUUCAUCACGGAUGCAUCGUUCGGAGUCGCACUUCUCGACCUCCAUCCGGCUACAGACAAGCUGUCUCUCUUGCACAAGACCGUCAUAAGUGGCCAAAUGGCUACGUGCUGGGCUGCAUAUUCCGAGGCACGGGAAAGUGUCUUUGUCACUGAUGUGGCAGUCAACCGACUGAUCGAGAUCAAUAAACAUGACGCGAAGAUCAUGUCAACUCUCGACUUGAAAAACGGCGAUCCUGGAAUGGUUGAUCUUCAGGUUUCUGGCCGCUUUGUUUAUGCACUUUCUCCCGGCAAUGGCACUACACCUGCCGCAAUCACCGUGGUGGAUUCCUUCCAGGGUCGGCAGAUUCAGAACUUUAAACUGGACAAAUUGGGCGCGAGCAAACGCUCCCAGGGCAUGGCUAUUCUUCAAUAG